UUUCCGCUGUGGAAGUUUUUACAAUCGUAUUCAAUUUAUUUUUGUUUUUUUUUUUUUUUUGUGUGCUGAGAAAGUUAAUGCGUAAAAAUCGCUAGAAAGUGAAAACCGCAUAGAAGAAAGGAAAACAAGAAACCGCAACAUAAAAGUGCAACAAGUCGCAAGCAGUGCAAAACAAAACAAAACCAUACAAAAAAGCAAGCAGUCAAAAUGCUGUUCAACAAGUGCCUUGAGAAAUUGUCCAGUUCGCUGGGCAACGUUGUCAACAACAAACUGCAGGAGAAGCAGGUGUACAACAACAAGAACAACAACAACAACAGCAGCAGUAAUAUUAACAACAACAACAAUAACAGUAUUAAUGAGUACAACAAACAGCGCAAUUUCGAAUACGAGCGUGCGAUACAAGCGCAUUACGGCAACGGCGGAGGAGGUGGAGGAGGAGGAGGAGGAGGACGCACGUCGAGGAGCAACAGUCACAGUUACAGUCGCAGUAACAGCUACACCCCGAGUCACAGUCAAAGUCACACAAAAUCGAAGCCCAGCAAAGGUCACAAGACAAAGGCAGCAAGAACAGCAGCAGCAGCAGCAACAGCUGCAACCGAUGAACGACAGUGCAAAAAUUGCAUGAGCAACGAUGAGCUGGCCAUGAUUAUCCGAGGCGUUGCCCACAACAACAACAACAACAACAAUCAGUCGAGAGUGCGACCUGUGUCAACGACAGCCUCAUCGAGCAGCUCCUCCACAGAGUCGCUGCAUCUGCCACUGACCUCGCCGCGAGGCAGCCAAAGCAGCAGCAACAGCUCUAACAGCAUCACAAUUGCCCCGCCCACCGCCACAUCCGCCUCUUAUCCCGUUACGCCCACAUCGUGGUCAGCAUCGCCGCCAAGCUUUGCGACAACGCACAACAGCUUUGGCGGCUCCAGCGACACACUGGCGCUCCUGGCGGCCAUGCGUGUGCAACUCCUUGGCUUCAAAUGGUUUCAUGGCAAUCUUUCUGGCAAGGAAGCUGAAAAAUUGAUAUUGGAGCGCGGCAGGAGUGGUUCGUUUCUUGUGCGUGAAUCUCAAAGUAAACCUGGUGAUUUUGUGCUUUCCGUGCGCACAGACGACAAAGUGACGCAUGUCAUGAUUCGAUGGCAGGAUAAGAAAUACGACGUUGGCGGUGGAGAUUCAUUUGCCACACUUUCCGAACUGAUUGCACACUACAAACGCAACCCGAUGGUGGAGACCUGUGGCACAGUGGUGCAUCUGCGUCAGCCCUUCAAUGCCACACGCAUCACAGCGGCCGGCAUCAAUGCUCGCGUCGAUCAGCUGGUCAAGGGUGGUUUCUGGGAGGAGUUCGAGUCGCUGCAGCAGGACAGUCGGGAUACUUUUUCGCGCCAGGAGGGCUACAAAGAUGAGAACCGCCUGAAGAAUCGCUACCGCAACAUAUUGCCCUAUGAUCACACGCGUGUGAAGCUGCAGGAUGUGGAGCGCAGUGCACCGGGAGCCGAGUACAUAAACGCCAACUAUAUACGCUUACCCACCGACGGCGAUCUGUACAACAUGAGCAGCUCCUCGGAGAGCCUCAACUCGGUGCAAUCGUGUGCCGCUUGCACCGCCGCGCAGACGCAACGCAACUGCCCCAACUGCCAGCAGCUGAACAAGACGUGCGUCCAAUGCGCCGUCAAAUCGGCAACGUUGCCCUACAGCAAUUGUGUGACCUGUGGCCGCAAAUCCGAUUCGCUGAGCAAGCAUAAACGCAGCGAAUCGCUGUCGACGUCGACGGCCUCGCUCAACGGUUGCCUUGCCAUGCUGCUGAAGAAGAACUGCGGCGAUGCCUCGCCCCCGCCCUCGGUGUUGUCGCAUGCCACAAGCAGCGGCGUCUCCGGUUCGCUGCUGAGCGUCGAGCGUGACAUGUUCAAGACGUACAUUGCCACCCAGGGCUGUUUGGCGAACACGAAAACGGACUUCUGGAACAUGAUUUGGCAGGAGAAUACGCGCGUCAUUGUGAUGACCACCAAGGAGAUUGAGCGCGGCAAGACCAAGUGCGAACGCUAUUGGCCCGACGAGGGACAGUGCAAGCAAUUUGGUCACGCCAAGGUCCAGUGCGUCAAGGAGAACUCCACCAAUGACUAUACGCUGCGCGAGUUUUUGUUCUCGUGGCGCGACAAACCCGAGCGCCGCAUCUAUCACUAUCAUUUCCAAGUGUGGCCCGAUCACGGUGUGCCCGCCGAUCCUGGCUGUGUGCUCAACUUCCUGCAGGAUGUCAACACCAAGCAGAGCAAUCUCACGCAUGCUGGCGAGAAACCCGGUCCUAUUUGUGUGCACUGCUCGGCGGGAAUUGGCCGCACGGGCACUUUUAUUGUCAUUGACAUGAUACUGGAUCAGAUCAUGCGAAAUGGCUUGGACACCGAAAUUGAUAUUCAGCGCACAAUUCAAAUGGUGCGCUCGCAGCGCUCGGGCAUGGUGCAAACGGAGGCGCAGUACAAGUUUGUCUAUUACGCCGUGCAGCAUUACAUCCAGACGCUGAUCGCACGCAAGCGGGCCGAGGAGCAGAGCAUACAGGUUGGACGCGAGUACACCAACAUCAAGUACACUGAUGAAAUUGGCAAUGAUUCACAAAGAUCUCCACUACCACCAGCAAUUUCUAAUCUAAGUCUAGUAGCAAAUAAGGCAACGGGAGCAGCAGCAGCAGGAGGAGGAGGAGGUGCAGCAGUAGCAGCGGGCACAACAGGAGAUCCAUUGGCAGCGUUGAAUGCUGCAAAUGCGGCGAGCGGCAAACAUGUCUCGAAAUUGCAACCACCGUUGCCGCCGUUGGGCGCAAACAACAACAACAAUAGCGCAGCGAACAGCAGCAGCAGCAGCAACAGCAACAAUCAUUGCAAUAACAUGAACGGCGGCAGCGGCAACAGCAAUGCCAAUGGCAACGGCAACAUUCUUGGCAGCAAUGGCGGCAACAGCAAUUUGCGCAAAUCAAAUUUUUAUAGCGAUUCGUUGGCCGCCUUCAAGCAACAGAAGCACAUUGAUCAGGCAGCUGCAGCAGCGGCGUCGCAGGCAACAACUGCAGCAGCAGCAACAUCAGCAACAGCACCUGCAACUGCAGCAGCAGCAGCAUCUGCAACAGCAGCCGCAGCAACAGCAGCAGCAGCAGCAGCCAAAUACAAAAACAUUCCCAAAGACAUGAACAGUUUGAGGCAGCCACAUAUUGCCGCAUAUGCUGCUGCGCCUGCGCUGCCGCCGCCACCGACGCCGCCGCGCAAAACAUGACAAAUGAAUUUCUAAAUCAUAAGCCAAACACAAAAAAACACACACACACACUUACAUUUACACUUACACAGAACAUAAGCAGAUCAUGUACAGUUGACUCACUCGCACUCGCACAGAAACAGCUUAUAAGCAACAGCCCAACAGCAUCAAGCAACAGGAGCGAGCGUAAGAGCGAGAGCAACGUAUGUAUGUACAGGAAUGAUUGCUAAUGUUAUCGACAGCUGCAUUUGCACUUGAUGCACACACAGAAACACACUCUCCCACUCACUCACACACAUACGCACGCAAGCACUUUCUUACCUCCAAAACGAACUUGUAACAAAGUUAGCGCGCCAUUUUGAAAAGCCGAAACUUUUGUUUUCAAAACAAUUAUUUUUAAAUCGUCAACUGUUUGUAUGUAAUCACACCUAUUUUUAUUUUCUUUUAUAAUUAUUUUUACUAUUACUAUUAUUUUAUGUUCAUUUUUUUUUUUUUUUUUUUUUUUUUGUAAUUGUAUCAAUUUAUACCCGCCCUAUGCCCCCGUAGUUGUUAGCAUUGUAAAAGUUGAUGAACCAUCGGCUUAGGAGCAGCAAAUAUUGUUUUAGUGUUGUAAGUGUUGAAAAACGAAAUGAAAACAAAACAAAAGCGUUGAUUGUGAUUCAAAAGAAAAUGGCGUCAAACGGAACAGAAUGUUAAAAAUAAAAACAAAACCCCAAGAACAGAAAAGAACGGAAUAGAACAGAACAGAACAGAAUAGAUCAGAUCAGAACAGAACAGAAUAGCAUAAAAUAGUGUGUAACAGAAUAAUCGAACAGAUAAAACGUAGAACAGAACAGUUUAGCGGCAAGCGCAUAAGAAAUCAAUCAAUUCGCAGGCAAGGCAAACAAACACCAACCAACAACAUACAACAAACAUCAAACAACAAAAACUACAAGCAUAAACAUUUAAACAAUGAAAAGAUAAAGAAUUAUAAAUUUUAUACACAUUUGCCUUGUCUUAACAAUUAAGCAUAAACAAUUAAUUUAAGCUGAUUAUGUGCAUAAGUUUCUUAUUGUUAACCUUUUAACUUGUAAUCCUCCCCGCGUCAAUGUCUCUUGUUUGUACUUUUUGUGUAUUUUUAUGAAAAAUUCGUAAUUUGUAAUUGAAUGCUGUUUCCAUUUUUUGUGUGUAAAACGUGUAACGUUCUUUAAUUUUUUUUAAAUAUAUAUAUAUGUAUAUGUAUGUAUGUGUAUGUAUAACGCGUAGCUAACUGUAUUCUGUAUAUUGUUUCUCUCUCAUUUUGAUUGAAUUAAUGUAUUUUGCUUUAAUUUUAUAUACGGACGUACGAAUAUAACUUAUCAAAUUUAUUGUGUUACAUUUUAAAUGAUAAACUCUCGAUGUAGGCAUUAUUAUUAUGAUUAUUAUUAUUAUUAAUUUUAUUAUUACAAUUAUAAUUAUUAUGCAUACAUAAUUAUACAUAUUACACUUACUUAUACAUGUGCUUUUUUUUUGUAAUUUUACAUUGUCAUGUUUAUGAGUGAGACUGUGUGUGUGUGUAUGUGUGUCGUCUAGUUUUUCUUUUAUCGAAAUGUGAGCCAAUUUUUAUAUGCAAUAAACAAGCAAAACAAUUGUACCUUUAGGCGAAUGACAUAUGUAAGUGUGUGUCAACAAUUGACAUCCACACACAAGCGUGUACACACACACACACGCACGCACACACACCCUCACAUGUACUCACACAGAGACACAUACAGAGCAAACAUUUUGAGUAAUCUUGAUUGAAGAAUACAACAAAAACAAACAAACAAACAAACAAAACAAUUGUAAAUGAAAUUAAUUUUGUAAUUUUUAUUUUACGCUUUUCGUAAGUGCUUUAAAUUGUUAUUAAUUUUGCAAAAACGAAAGAAAAAAACAACAAAACAAAACAAAACAAAAAAUAUGAAUGAAAAACACAA